AGAACACCCCUUUUCUCAGACAUUUUUGCAACAUGUCUUCUUCCUCUGCUUUAAGAGUGGCUGUGACCUCGUCAAAGUUUACCUUUCCCUCAUCUGCUUUUGUGGCUACUGGGUUAGGCUUAGCUGGAUUGUACUACUACAACCAAGAACGUCCCAACCCCACCCCCAGUUUAAACCCACUUUUGGCCGCUGCUCCAUUGGCCGCUGUUGUUGCUGGAAAAAGCCAGGCAGACUUCCAGAGCGUAUAUAACGCAAUUGCCUUGAAAGUUCAGGACCAAGACGAUGCUGAUAAUGGUGCUGGACGUUAUGGGUUAUUGACUCGGUUAGCCUGGCACGCUUCAGGUACGUUUGAUAAAAAAAAGCAGGCUGGUGGCUCAUACGGUGGGACUAUGUUGUAUGCUCCCGAGUCUACAGAUCCUGGUAAUGCGGGAUUAGAAGUUGCCAGGGACUUUUUGGCCGAGUUUUUGGUGGAAUAUCCAUGGAUGUCCAGAGGUGAUUUAUGGACCUUGGGCGGAGUGGUGGCUGUUCAGGAGGCCGGUGGGCCAAAAAUCAACUGGAGGCCUGGACGUCAAGAUAUAUCUGAUAAGUCCAAAGUUCCCGAAAACGGUAACUUACCCGAUGCCUCCAAGGAUGGUAAGUACGUUAGAGGAGUGUUCACUAGAAUGGGAUUUAAUGACAGAGAAACCGUCGCAUUAAUUGGAGCUCAUUGCUUGGGCCGAUGCCACACGUACAACUCGGGUUACGAUGGUCCUUGGGGUCCUUCGUUCAACAUGUUCACUAACGACUUCUACGUGAGGUUGUUGCAAGGAUGGCAUGUGCGAAAGUGGGAUGGACCUAAGCAGUAUGAGGAUGAUGAGACCAACUCGUUCAUGAUGUUGCCCACUGAUAUGGCCAUGAAAGAAGAUUCCCACUUUCUCAAGUACGUGAAGAUGUACGCAGAGGACCAGGACUUGUUUUUCAAUGACUUCUCUGCGGCCUUCACUAAAUUACUUGAGAAUGGAACCCAAUUCACUACUGACAACAAGCACUUGGUCUUCCAGACCUUAGACGAACAAGAUAUAUAAUUGAAUAAACAUUCGAUUUGGCUGCGAAA